AUGGAAAAUCAAUUAAUGAUUUUAGAGGAGAAAGAUAUCCAAAAGAUGUUAGAAAUUGGUAAUGAAAGAUUAUCAGAGCAAGAAUAUAAUCUACUUGCAAAUUUAAUGAAGACCGUUCAAAAAUCGGUAGAAAAAAACGAUAUGCAAAGGAGAGUUAUUGAAAAAUUUAACAAAGAAUUGGCAAUUGCAAAGAAUACCAUCGUAGAGUUAGAAAAAUUAAAUAGUGAGUUAUUUUAUAGAGAAGAAAAUGGUGCAAAACUAUGGAUGAAAAUGAACACUCUUCAACUAGAAAAAUUAAAAGAAGCUGAAGAAAAAAUUAAGUUAGCUGAUAAAAUUCUUGAAAAGAAGUUAGAUAUUUCAAGAAGAGAGGAAACGAAGGAAACCAUUAUCAAAGGUGAUGGUAAAAAUGGAAAGGUAGUCUCAAUUAAUAGCAGAAGUUUUGCUUCCGUUAAACUUAAAGCCAAUCUGUUAAAUGCAUUAAAUGACCGAGUGACCAAGGAUAGCAUGGAUUUUAUUAAAACGGUUAAAUAUUUGUUGGGUCUGGAAAAUAUUGAUUCAAAAGUAUACGAUUACAUUCACGUCGUAAGGUUUUUAAUUUAUAUAGUACUCAUAGGCAAUGAAAAAAAUGAAAAUUUAAGAUUGCAACUAAGAAUAUUGGAAGAAGAAAAGGAAAUGAAAAAAGAAAGAAUAUUAGAAAGCGAGAUAAUCAAUAUUAUCGAUCGUAAUUUAGAAAGGAGUAGUGACAAACAAGAGUCAAAAGAAGAAACAAAAUAUAGAUUCAGAGCAAUGAUGUCUGAUGUCUAUGAAAAGAUAUACAAGGCCGGUUGUAAAGUUAUCUAUGAUGGUGAAAAUUUUGUCGCUAUACUUUUAACAUACAAGAGUCCACUUUUUUAUGGGAAAAACUCAUUUCAAGUUCAAGAAGUAAUUGGUGAAAAUUUAAAGAGUGGAAUUAGAGAUAGAUUUAUUCAAGAGUGCAGUAUGAAGUCUAAAGGUGAAAAGAGAAAUUUAAGUACUGACGAAAUUAUUGAAGUAUUAACAGAUUUGGGUAAUCAAAGAAAAUCGAAGGAGCUCCAAAAUAAGAAUUUUUUAGUAAAUGCUCUAAGAUCAAAUAAUUAA